AUGGCAUCUUCAAAUACCAAGGGUACCAAUGCUACCAAUGGUACGCUCAAAGGCCAAUCGAAAUCCUCGAAGCCUAGGAUGGAAAGGAAGAUCUCCUCGCCCAUGAACCCUGCUUUCAUGACCUCUGCGCCUGGCAAAGUCAUCGUCUAUGGAGAACAUGCGGUAGUACAUGGAAAAGCAGCAAUAGCUGCAGCGAUCUCUCUACGGUCAUACCUCCUCGUCACCACACUCUCAAAAUCUCAGCGAACGAUAUCCCUCAGGUUCCCAGACAUAGGUCUCAGUCAUACAUGGGACAUUGACGCUCUACCCUGGUCUACGUUCUCACAUCCUUCAAAAAAAAAGAUGUAUUAUGACCUAGUCACCACUCUCGAUCCUGAUCUUGUCAAAGCCAUGCAGCCCCAUCUGUCAGACGUCUCUCCCGAAGCCACAGGUGAACACAAGAAAAUACGUCAAGCCGCCGCCUCAGCUUUCCUCUAUCUCUUCCUAUCUCUUGGCAAUCAGACCUUUCCCGGGAGCAUCUAUGCCCUCCGCUCCACCCUCCCCAUCGGCGCUGGGCUCGGUAGCAGCGCUAGCAUAAGCGUCUGUCUCAGCUCAGCUUUGCUCUUACAAAUACGCACCCUGGCAGGACCUCACCCAGACCAGCCUUCUGAGGAAGCAGAGUUGCAGAUCGAGCGAAUAAACCGCUGGGCCUUCGUUGCGGAAAUGUGCAUCCACGGCAACCCCAGCGGUGUAGACAACACCGUCUCCUCAGGCGGGAAAGCCGUUCUCUUCAAGCGCGAGGACUACACCAGAGCGCCGAAGGUGACACCGCUGCGCAAGUUCCCCGAGCUCCCUAUGCUGCUGGUAAACACCAAACAGGCUCGUUCCACCGCAACAGAAGUAGCCAAAGUCGGAGCAUUGAAGGGGUCUUUGCCUGUAAUCACAGAGGCAAUCCUCAACACAAUCGACGCUGUCACAGAGGCCGCCUAUAAACUCAUCACAUCCGCUACUUUCAACCAAAGGGACCCACAUACAGCCGAAACUCUCGGCAAGUUGAUGGGCGUCAAUCAUGGCCAGCUAGUCUCAUUGGGUGUCUCACACCCACGUCUCGAGCGUAUCAGAGAGCUCGUGGAUUUAGUUGGUGUGGGUUGGACGAAGUUGACUGGUGCAGGUGGUGGCGGCAGCACUAUCACAUUACUGAGGCCAGACGCGUCGCCCAAGGCGCUCAAGGAGCUAGAAGGGAAGCUGGAUGCGGAGGACUUUGAGAGAUUCGAGACGACGCUUGGCGGCGACGGAGUGGGCGUGCUAUGGCCUGCCGUUCUUAGGGAUGAGGGCGAAGAGGAAGGGGGGGGUUGA